AUGACAACAGAAGUGUUCAUGAGGGCUACGUUCGUCACUGUCAACAACAGAGGGUGUGAGAAAGACACUGAAGGCUGUGAGCACUCGUGGAGGAAGUUUCACGGCCACUGCUACAGAUACUUCAGCCGCCGACACACUUGGGAGGACGCGGAGAAGGACUGCAGAGAUAACAGCGGCCACCUGGCCAGUAUCCACAGUGCAGCGGAGCAGAACUUUGUCAGAGGUCUGAGCCAUGACAACACCUGGAUUGGUUUGAAUGAUCGUACCGUGGAAGACGACUUUCAGUGGACAGACAAGACAGACCUGCAAUAUGAAAACUGGCGGGAAAAUCAACCGGACAACUUCUUUGCUGGCGGUGAGGACUGUGUGGUCAUGAUCGCUCGUGAAAACGGCAAAUGGAAUGAUGUACCCUGCAACUACAACCUGCCCUAUGUCUGCAAGAAAGGAACAGUGCUAUGUGAAGCCCCUCCCACUGUGGAUAACGCUUUUCUUAUUGGUCGAAAGCGUCCCCACUAUGACGUACACUCCAUAGUACGCUACCAGUGUGCCGACGGCUUCCUGCAGCGCCACGUGCCGACUGCCAAGUGUCGUGCUAAUGGCAAGUGGGACCGACCUAAAAUUAUCUGCAUAAAAACUCGGCGAGCCCAUCGUUUCCGGCGCCACCACCACAAGGGGAGGAGGGAGCGCCGGAAGCACAAGAGGCACAGUCACAGAGAGGGAGGUCACCAUGGAGGGGAGCUUAACCAGGGUCACAAUCAUGCCCACUUCUGAACCAAAAAAAAAGGACAUCCACUUUUUUUUUCUGUACUGCAAGCUGCAGUUUGCCUAUCUCCCCGCUGUCCUCCUUUCCCAACUCACAAUUCUCCGUCCACAUCUCUCCACUCUCUCCUAA